GAGCUCACCCCAUCCCCCGAGAGGGAGGAGGCCUAGUGGUGAUGCUGCUGCUUCUGCCGCCGCGACUGCUGAUACUCCAGUGAGGCUGGAAGGGUGGUUCCUAUUCGCACCGUCGCCAACCAGAGAGUGAGGGGAAAAAAAUCCCAGCAGCCGCUGCUGAUGUUGGGUUCGGAGGCUGCGUCCGACUCGGUCACAAGGAAAAUGGAUUCAGUUUGCAUCUCUCCCUCCUUUCAACAGCUUCUCCGGGUCUCAGCAUGGGCUUCUAGGACAGCAGCUGAGGAGACCUUCCCGAGGGGCAGCACGCAGUAGCUGCUGAGCCAUCGCGCCCGGGAGAAGCAGCAGUAACAUGGCAGCCCCUGCUUGAGAGGAAUUAAACACCAACAGACUCCAUUCCGAAAGGAACCAUGUCCAAGAAAGGGCGAAAUAAGGGCGAGAAGCCCGAGGCGCUCAUUGUCGCCCUUCAAGCUGCCAACGAAGACCUCAGGACCAAGCUCACAGACAUCCAGAUAGAGCUGCAUCAAGAGAAGUCCAAGGUAUCUAAACUCGAGAGAGAGAAGACUCAAGAAGCCAAGAGGAUCCGUGAGCUGGAGCAGCGCAAGCACACGGUCCUGGUGACGGAACUCAAAACCAAGCUCCACGAGGAGAAGAUGAAGGAGCUGCAGGCCGUGCGGGAGAAUCUCAUCAAGCAGCACGAGCAGGAAAUGGCCCGGACAGUGAAGGUGCGGGACGGGGAGAUCCAGAGGCUCAAGUCGGCGCUGUGUGCGCUCCGGGACGGCAGCAGCGACAAAGUAAGGACAGCGCUCACCAUCGAGGCCCGCGAGGAGGCCCGGAAACUGUUUGAUGCAGAGCGCCUUAAGCUCUUACAGGAAAUUGCGGACCUGAAAACGGCCAAGAAGCAGGUGGAUGAGGCGCUAAGCAAUAUGAUCCAAGCGGAUAAAAUCAAGGCUGGGGACCUCAGGAGUGAGCAUCAGUCCCACCAAGAAGCCAUCUCCAAGAUCAAGUGGGAGUCGGAGCGGGAUAUUCGGAGGCUGAUGGAUGAAAUCAAAGCCAAGGACAGGAUCAUCUUUUCCCUGGAAAAGGAACUGGAGACCCAAACAGGCUAUGUACAGAAACUCCAGCUGCAGAAGGAGGCUUUGGAUGAACAGCUCUUUCUGGUCAAGGAGGCUGAAUGUAACAUGAGCAGUCCAAAACGAGAAAUUCCGGGAAGGGCAGGAGAUGGCUCUGAACACGGCAGCAGUCCUGAUUUGCGAAGAAAUCAAAAGAGAAUAGCUGAGUUGAACGCCACUAUAAGAAAAUUAGAAGACAGGAAUACCUUGCUUGGAGAUGAACGAAAUGAAUUGUUAAAACGCGUGCGGGAAGCCGAAAAACAAUGUAAACCUCUUCUGGAAAGGAAUAAGUGCCUCGCCAAGAGAAAUGAUGAACUGAUGGUGUCUUUGCAGCGCAUGGAAGAGAAACUAAAAGCCGUUACCAAGGAAAAUUCAGAAAUGAGAGAAAAAAUUACAUCUCAUCCACCCUUGAAGAAAUUAAAAUCUCUGAAUGACCUCGAUCAAGCUAAUGAAGAACAAGAGACAGAGUUUCUAAAACUUCAGGUCAUUGAGCAACAGAACAUUAUUGAUGAGCUCACAAGGGACCGGGAAAAGCUCAUUCGUAGGAGAAAGCAUAGAAGAAGUUCCAAGCCAAUUAAGAGGCCUGUUUUGGACCCAUUUAUUGGCUACGAUGAGGACUCCAUGGAUUCAGAAACAUCAUCCAUGGCCUCAUUUAGAACAGACCGAACGCCAGCUACUCCUGACGAUGACUUGGAUGAAAGUCUAGCAGCUGAAGAAUCUGAGCUACGAUUCCGACAAUUAACAAAAGAGUACCAGGCUCUCCAAAGAGCCUAUGCCCUCUUGCAGGAGCAGACUGGAGGCAUCAUUGAUGCUGAAAGAGAAGCCAAGGCUCAAGAGCAACUCCAGGCAGAGGUGCUAAGGUAUAAAGCCAAAAUUGAAGAUCUGGAAGCGACUCUGGCUCAGAAAGGGCAGGAUUCACACUGGGUAGAAGAUAAACAACUUUUCAUUAAGAGAAACCAGGAGCUUUUAGAAAAGAUAGAAAAACAAGAGGCAGAAAAUCACCGGCUCCAACAGGAACUGCAGGAUGCCAGAGACCAGAAUGAGCUGCUGGAGUUUCGAAAUCUAGAGCUAGAAGAAAGAGAGAGACGAUCCCCUCCAUUUAAUCUGCAAAUUCACCCAUUCUCAGAUGGUGUGAGUGCUCUACAGAUCUACUGUAUGAAAGAAGGUGUCAAGGAUGUGAACAUCCCUGAUCUCAUAAAGCAGCUUGAUAUCUUGGGUGAUAACGGGAAUUUAAGAAAUGAAGAGCAAGUGGCUAUAAUUCAGGCCAGCACUGUGCUGUCCCUGGCAGAAAAGUGGAUCCAGCAAAUUGAGGGAGCAGAGGCUGCCCUGCACCAGAAAAUGAUGGAAUUGGAAAGUGACAUGGAGCAAUUCUGCAAAAUCAAAGGCUAUCUGGAAGAAGAACUAGACUACAGGAAACAAGCUCUCGACCAAGCAUAUAUGAGAAUCCAGGAACUAGAAGCGACUUUGUACAAUGCUCUGCAGCAAGAAACUGUUAUCAAGUUUGGUGAAUUAUUAACUGAAAAACAGCAAGAGGAGCUGAGGACGGCAGUGGAAAAGUUACGGCGGCAGAUGCUGAGGAAGAGCAGAGAGUACGACUGUCAGAUUCUUCAGGAGAGAAUGGAGCUCUUACAGCAAGCCCAUCAGAGAAUUCGUGACUUAGAAGAUAAAACAGACAUCCAGAAAAGACAGAUAAAGGACUUAGAAGAAAAGAGUAACCGAAAACACGGAUAAGACCGCAGAAAAGCAGAUACUUCUAAACCUUCAAAGAUGGCAGAAAUGUUUACAGCAGUGAAAGGGAGAUCAAAAGCUUAGAACUAUAAUGUAGCCAGGACUACAACUGUGUAUUUUAAAGCCAUUAUUCAAGGUUUCUUACUUGACAGUUCCUACAUGACCCUGUUGAAAAUCUACAAUAUAUGCUGCAUUUAAUGAAACAUGUAUAGGUCAAACCAGAAGGAAAGAACUAUAAACAUAUAUUGCGUGAAGAAAACAAUUCAGCCAUGGAAACAGUUUCAGCAGAUCAAGCAAAGAUGUGUCUUGGGCAUGGAACCAAAGUUACAAAGAAACAUUCUACCCCUGCUGUGCAGGGGAGGUCAUUUUAAUGUAACACUACACCCCCAUGGAAACACUAGUCCUGAAAUAAACAUCAUUUUAAAAAAAUCAAACAAAAAAAUAAGGGUGGGUGGGGAUUGAAGCACGAGGAAUACCUAUGAGGAGCUAUUUACAAUAAAAUAUUUCAUUUGAAAAGUCUGGUUUCUUACUACAGGGAUUUGCUUUUCUGUCUUUAUUAUUGUUUAAAACUCAGGAACUGAGACAUCUGCAAUUUGAGUGAGAAGAAAAGCAGUGUCUGGUUUGUUUUGCUGCAAACAGUGGAGCUUGUGGAAUGCAUUCCACACAUGACAGAUGAGAAGUGGAUCACAGUGACCCGGACUAAACUGGCAACCAAAGUGAAAGACCCAGGCGAAUGCAACUUAAGAAAUAACAGCAGAUGUUGAUGCUUCCUUGGCCUUCUGUCACAUCUGUGGUCCUCCACGAACAACAAACUGAUCUCAUAUUGAAAAUUAAGAAGAUGAUGCUCUAAAUCACAAGCUCCCUGACUUAUUUCUGUUUAGAAUGUCAGCGACUAUAGGGCCAGAGGCACCUCUGAAUCUUUCCAUUUCCAAAAUACUGGUCUUCAAAUGGCUGCUUAAAAUUGCCUGCAAAUAACAUGUUAUGCGAUUUGAUACAAAUAGAGGCGAUAAGUAAACUUCUACCAACAGUUGAGUUUACCGCAGAGAUGUGACUAUUAAAUGAAAUUAUGAUUAUUUUUAGAAGUAUCCUGAUAUGCUUAGAGCAUUCUGACCUCUUGUCAUUUAGACUGAUAACGUUUUUUUUUUUUCCCCUAGAGAUCUGACAGCAACAAGGUAGCUCUACUUUUUUAUAUAAAAGUAACAUUGUGUUACUGAUAAGGUCAUUUUCUACCAGAGACAAUUAGAAGACUGGUACUUUCCUAAGUUACGUAAUACUGAGUCUUGGAUUCAGCUCUGAGAGCAAAUAAAUGUUCCUGAAAAGCUAAUUUUAGCCUCAUUUACUGUAGAUAACAAAACAGCCUCAAUUUUUCAAAUUGUCAACGUUUUAUUUACAGGGCUAGCAUUCCCAUGCAUUAAGAAUGUGU